AUGGCUACUAAGACAUAUGAUAAUCAUCGAGUCAAGAGAAUUCGUACAUGCCAUUCUGUCUCAUGCUUCAGCAACACAGGCAAAAACAAUCAAGUUUUCAUACCUCAGCAUGUCUGUAACUCACACAGUUCUGGAAGUUGGUUGACAACAGAGGAUGAAAAUAAAAUGAAGCCAGAUUAUGAUUUGACCAUUCUUGAUGAUAAGAGAAAUUAUGGUGCAUCCUGCAAAAUCUAUCCUGCCUCCCCCUCAAUGGAUACCGAAGAACCAGCCCAUGGUUGGACCAUUGUGGAUGAUAUGGAACAAUAUGGUGACUCCUGCAAGGACUUUUCUACCUCUGUCUUAAUUGAUGAAGAUAAAUCAGCCUAUGGUUCAAAUAAGUUAACUCCAGAACACUCCAACCUUUGCAAUGCAACCUCUAUGAAUGUUGAUGAUUCAGUCAAUAGUCCAGAUUCUAUGAGCUUAGAUGAGUGUGAUUCAGAACUUGAGAAAGCUUUGCGCUUAUUGAUUUCCAGCGAUGAUUAUCUUCCAAGGUCUAGUUCUUCAGCUCAGUCUUCAGCUUCACUGACGUCGAGCAGUAGAAAUUCAAAGGCUGGAGAAUUAUUGAGAUUGGUAUUCUCUGAUGGUCAGUAUUUUCCAAGAUCUGUUCCGAUUGGGCGUGGUUUUCAGGCUGAAGUUCCUGAGUUGACAGGUCCUGUCAGUAGGAAAAAUCUUUAUGCUGGUGAUGAUUCAAAGAAGUGGUUGGGAACAAGAGUUUAUCCCAUCAAACAGAUUAAAAAUGCAGAAACUAAUACAGAAUCUAUUGGGAAAGGGAGAUCGGACUCUUGUUCUUGUGUCUCUCCGAGAUCUGUUGAUUGUGUCAAACGCCACAUUGAUGAAGCAAGACUCCAUUUGCAAGCCGAAAUUGGUCCUGCAUUCCGGACUUGGAAGUUUGAUGAAAUGGGGGAAUUUGCAUCGAAGUCAUGGACUUUGAAAGAACAAAGUACAUUCGAAUCUCUAGUGAGAAGGAAUCCACUGUCUAAUGAAGAAAGCUUUUGGAUGCUUGCCUUUAAGCGUUUUCCUAACAAAUGCAGGAAAAACAUUGUGAGAUAUUACUAUAACGUGUACAUACCAAGACGCAUGAGCCUCCAAACUCGGUCUUCUCCUGAAGAAAUUGAUAGUGAUGAUGACUGA